GCCGGUAGAGACACCCUGUGCUUUGUUGAGCAUCUUGCGGCGUUGGUUUUUUCGCGUUUUUCUCUGAAAAUACUGACUAGACCGAGUUGUUUCUGAUAUAUUAUUCGUCUGAAGAUGGAAGACACCAAUCUACGCUAUCGGGAAGUGAUCCCAAAUCAGUCUAUUGAGGAGAAAUGGAAGGAGAUUACACUCACAAUCGGCGGAACACAGAGCACUCUUCAAGAUAUACGCAUUGCGGAGAAAGCUGGAGGAUUCUGCUAUGCGGAUGGAUCCAAUUUGCAGAGCCGCAACAGAUUCAUUUACUGGCGAACUUCCCAUGAUAUUCUGGAACUGUCAGAAAUGAGCCUCGACCUCAACUUGAUGGACAACAAUGUUCGAUACAAGUUCUCAGAGUCCCGCAUCCUGGCGGUGUCCAUUCAUGAGCUGAGAGAGUUUGUCGUGAUCCUGGUGGCGACUGUAAGCAGUGUCCAUCGCCUAUACUAUCCGCAUCCGAAUCAGCUCCACAAGACCUUCAGGCCAGACACGAAGUGUAUGUCUAUCUUCAAGGAUGCCUCAGUGACUCACGCACGAGAUCCACUGACUUUCCACAUGAUUGGCUUGCCGACAUCAACCAAUCAGCCCAUCACCUACACCGCCGCUUGCGGAAUGGAUCCUCAGGGCUCCGAGGCAUACUUUGCUUUGGCCUGGCAGAACACUCUGACGCUCUACACGAUGAACUGCUCAAAUGGACACACAAUUGCCACAGAACUGCGCCAAAGCAACAUGGUGCCCCGCAUUCUGUCCAGCUUCACGGGAGUUCUUCGCGGGAAGACAACCUCCAACAAUCAGUGCGUGAAUUCCGCCCUCUUCUACAUGCUGGGCGACGAGACGUUCCUUUUCACACUGUAUCGGGACAACUUCCUGCGCAUGUGGUCGCUGAGCAGCGGUCAGUGCGUGGCCACGUUGAAUUGCCACGAGGAGAAUGCCGAGACAAAGUUCCAGAGUCCUCAGAACAGCACUCUGCGCUGUGGAAAGUCCAACACAAUAUGUGCCUUCAUGUGCUACGCAUCGGGAUGUGAAUUCGUCUUUGUGAGCAUCCAACCAGAUCCUCUGGGCGGGUCUAAUCACACACUCAGCAUUAUGAACAUAAUCUUGGCUCCAAAUUACGAUCUUGUGGAGUAUCAGUUGACGGAGAAUCGCAUCUGGGGACUAUUUUGCAACUCCGAAGGGGAGUACAAGGUGUCCAGUGUGUGUUUUGUGCCCGGAAUGGGAGUGGAUUGGACGUGUGCUGCUCUAGAUCCACUGCCAGAUCGAUUCAGUGUGCAAAUGGAGAUGACCACCGAUCCGCGGCAGGCGUAUUGCUCAUACAUCUUCCAGCCCGGACGCUUCCAGAGGAACGUAAUUGGGAAAGCUCUCGUGAUGUUCCGCCGAUCGAACAUCCUGCCAGACAACAAUUAUCCCAUAAAUCUACUGAAAGAUCGCGUGUGCACAGCAGUGGCGACUGAGAUUGAGAAUGAAGUCCGUGGCCUGGAUAUGCCCGAUGAGGAGUACAUUGAGAUAUGCCUGCAAGUUUGGGAGAGAUUCUACUCGUGUUGCGAGCAAUAUCACUUGAAGUCCUGUCAGCCAAUUGGACUGAUUCCACUUCAGAUGGAGUCUCUGGAUACGGUUUGCAUCGUGAAGAAGAACAUGUUCUCCUUGCUUCGACGCUGUGAGUUCCUGGAGCACUGCAUACUGUCUGGCAAUCAAAUGGAGGCCCACGAAGUGACCCAAAUCCCAAUGGAAUUGGGUGACAAUGCACAGCAAAUGGAGAAUUUGGUGAAAUUGGUGGCCAUUCUAAAUGACAUCGAACAGCAGAUACCUGAUGAGGAUAAAUUGGACAUUGACAGACAACUGUAUCAACUCCAGAUGCCCAUCAAUAUUGUCUACAACCUCGUGAAGGACAUGCUGGCCGGAGAGAAUGACAAAACUCCCCUGACUCGCGCCUUUCUCACGCAAAUUCGCCAGAAGACACUUAAUAUCAAAGACGUGCCAGAGGCGAUGCACUCACUGCUCGAGACACUGCGCUUGGAUUUUGGAUCUCAGGAGGAGAUUCGAAACUAUCCAUCGCUGGAUCAGUCGAUGCAGAACCACGCGAGGAAUCUCUUCGCCAGCCAAUUUGGCAUCUCACUCGUGUCUGAGUCAUUGCAACAGAUUUCAGAUGUUCGAUACGUCUUGUGUCGCAAUCUGCUAAUCUUGCAGCAUAUUCUCAUUGAUAUAACCGCUCUGGCGAGUGAUGUGCUGGAGAAUAUUCGAUCACACCAAAUGCCAGAAACGGAGGUUUUUGUGCAAGCUUACUUUGUCAUCGUGUGGAUAGCCAAGACUUCAGCAGAUCCAGGACUAAUGACGAAUUCACUGGACAGCAGCAUUAAUCGCUUGAACGCUCUUCAGUUGUCCGAUGCUCGACAGUAUCUAUUGAAGACGAACCAGCCGUGCACUCUUCUGGAGCUCUUCCUGAAGAGCAAGGGAUGGCAAAUGGCGCUGUCGCACUACACGUGCGGAAACUAUCGAAUGCUGACCGAGCAUCAAGGACAGACUACUCUUCUUCCAUUGGCGACAAUCGUCGGGCAGCUGGUGUGGCCAGUUUCAGGCAACUUUGCCUUCGGAGCGUGGCUGAUUGGAAGUUGCCAGCACAAUCACAUUCAAACUUACGUGCGCCUCUUGAACGGCUGGUGCGAAUGGAACAAAUGCUCUCGCCAAUUCAUGCUGGGCGUCUCGAUGCUGGACAGCGGAGAGGUCGACAAAGCGUACGAUCUCUUUAUUCAGGCAUCGCGUGGCGUCUACACUGAGCCAUUCCUCAUGGAGAAGAUAAUUGGUCAGGACAUUGAUGGAGAUGUGACGACGGGAGAAGCAAUCGUCAUGUACUACUUGAAGGUGAUUCGACUGUUUGAGCAGUACAACGCCCUUCACUGUGUCAUCCGCGUUGCUCAGAGUGCCAUUGAACUUCUCGAGCCGAAGCAUCCUCAGAUGGCAAUGUUCCAGUCCAUCAUGUUCACGAAUCACCUGGCGCUCAGCCACUACGAAGAGGCUUAUCACUCACUCAUUUCCAACGUGGAGGCAUCACGCCGAAAGGACUAUCUGCGGGAACUCGUGAUGUGUUUGUUCCACAAGAAGCGUCUGGAUCUGCUCAUGAGAUUUCCCUACAUUGGACUUCAGGACGAACUGGAGAACAUUAUCGAGACACGCGCGCGAUCGAUGCCAAUUGAGGACAACAUUCACUACAACUUCCUCUAUGCUUUCUUCAUUACUAAGGACAACAUGAGGAAGGCUGCUGCCGUGAUGUAUGAGCAGGCCAUGAGAUUUGGCUAUGAAAGCAACUCUCUGGAGGCAAUGCAGUAUCGCUAUGAUUGUCUCUUGGCGUGCGUGAAUGCGCUUAAUCUGGUGGACAAGGAGUAUGCGUGGAUUGCGAAGCCAGUGAGUAACAAGGAGGAUUCUUCCCAGUUGGACAAAGUGGUUGUUUUGGAAAUUGAGGACAUUCGACGGGAGUUGCACUACAUCGAAGCGACCAUAACACUAUCCAGGCAUCGUCGGGAGUUGAGUACUAUCCUGAAGGUUGGUGCAGGCGAGUUGGUGGGCCUUUUGGCGACUUCCAGACUCUUCACGGCUGCCAUAAAGCUUGCCAGAGCGUACAAACUGUCACCCACCGUGGUUGUGGAGAACCUGGCGUCGGCAUGCGUACAUGCAUCGGCUGAGCAGAGCAACGAGAUCUGGAUGUGGCUGCAGGAGAAUGACCUGGCGGAUUUGCCGCUGAAGAACUCUCCAGUUGCCAUGGCAUGGAAUCUCCUGGAGAAGAUUGUCGUGGAGAAUGAAGAGAAGGGAACGACAGUCUUGCGAAGAGUUGUGGCAAAGAGAAUCCUGCACUUGGGCGCAUUUCUGCCCUACUGGCUCUUUCUGUCGUACAAGAGAGAGAAUCCUAGUGAACUAUUGCAUCUGUUUGUCAUUCAUGGGCAUCUUUUGGAGGCAACAGACUUCGCGGUGGCGUUCAUUUCAUCUAUGCUGGGGAGUAACUAUGAAGCCUUUGGACUGAGGAAUUCCCUGCGAUCUAAUGAGGCGGCUCUUUGCUUCCCCGUUCACGACAUUGAUCUUCUUCUGCACGCCCUCAAGCUGAACUUUGAGUAUGACACGGAAUACGAGGAGGCGCACAAAAAACUCACUCGAGGCGUCGAGGACUAUCUUACAGCGGUCGACAGUGUCUCCAUGAGCAAGAUUCAAUAUGAACUGCAGGGAUGUUAAAGUAAUUCGUGUUUAUUUCACAUUGAUGUUCCAAAUAUAACAUUUGCGAGAA